AAGAGCAUAGCAGCCCAAGGCUAGACACCACUUAGCCCUCAGUGGGAGAGAACAGAGCUAGCAAGCUCAUAGCCAGCCAGUGAGAACAUUCCCUCUAGGCAAUCUGAUCACCAUGCUGCGGGUGAGAUGUGUAAGAGGAGGAAGCAGGGGAGCUGAGGCAGUUCAUUACAUUGGAUCCAUGCUAAGGAAAAGCUUUGUCGGAUGGGUGCAGCGAAGUUUCCAGAGCACCCAGGCAGCUGCAGUGUCGGAAAAACCCUGUGCUGCUGACGAGAAGGUCAGAGACCCCGCUGCCCAAGAAUCUCCUGUCUGUUCUUACAAUGAAUGGGACCCACUGGAGGAAGUCAUUGUGGGCAGACCUGAAAACGCCAAUGUCCCAGAAUUCUCUGUGGAAGUAAAGGCAAAUACAUAUGAAAAAUACUGGCCUUUUUACCAGAAGCACGGAGGUCAAAGUUUUCCUGUGGAUCAUGUAAAAAAGGCAACAGAGGAAAUUGAGGAAAUGUGCAAUGUUCUCAGACAUGAAGGAGUUAUUGUGCAAAGACCUGAGGUCAUUGAUUGGUCAGUGAAAUACAAAACACCUGACUUUGAAUCUACAGGAAUGUAUGCUGCUAUGCCUCGAGACAUCCUGCUCGUUGUUGGGAAUGAGAUCAUUGAAGCUCCUAUGGCAUGGCGAGCUCGUUUCUUUGAAUACAGAGCUUACCGUCCUCUCAUUAAGGAUUAUUUCCGCCGGGGGGCAAAGUGGACCACUGCACCUAAACCAACAAUGGCUGAUGAACUCUAUGACCAGGAUUAUCCCAUUCGUACCGUGGAGGACAGACAUAAACUGGCUGCUAUGGGAAAAUUUGUUACAACAGAAUUUGAGCCCUGUUUUGAUGCUGCUGACUUUAUGAGAGCUGGGAGAGAUAUAUUUGCACAGAGAAGCCAGGUUACAAACUACCUCGGCAUUGAAUGGAUGCGAAGGCAUUUGGCACCAGAUUACAAAGUACACAUCAUUUCAUUUAAGGACCCAAACCCAAUGCACAUUGAUGCUACCUUCAACAUUAUUGGGCCUGGCCUUGUGCUUUCUAAUCCAGAUCGCCCUUGCCACCAGAUUGAACUAUUUAAGAAAGCUGGCUGGACUGUGGUUACUCCCCCAACUCCAUUAAUCCCAGAUAAUCAUCCUCUAUGGAUGUCCUCAAAAUGGCUUUCCAUGAAUGUCUUAAUGUUGGAUGAGAAGCGUGUGAUGGUGGAUGCCAACGAAACCUCUAUUCAAAAGAUGUUUGAAAAAUUAGGCAUUUCUACCGUCAAAGUCAAUAUUCGCCAUGCGAAUUCAUUAGGAGGUGGAUUCCAUUGCUGGACAUGUGAUAUUCGGCGCCGUGGAACGCUGCAGUCCUAUUUCAGAUAAUCUAAGCUAUGAAGUGUAUUUUCAGUACAUGAAUAAUGUUUUUUUAAAUAAUUAAUUGAUCAUCAUGCCUGCAAAUGUUCCAGCAAAUGCAGGCAUCUUUAUGAAACAAGUGGUUGUAUUACCUAAAAAACACUUAAUUCACGAAUUUCAGAUACUAUAGCUUAGAUUAAUUUUUGCUGGUUUCUGUUGCUGAAUGAAGAAAAAUAACAGUUGGCCCCUCAUCACACUAUAAAAUGCAUGACAAUAAGGAACACUGGGAUUGCUCGUGACUAAAAGAAUCCACAUACUCACUCUCUCUGUCUACCUCUGUCUUAUCAGGAAAGGCAGCUUCAAUGUUUUUUUUUUUUAACAUAACCAUUCUAUACAGGUUACAGUCUACUGCAUGCACAAGACACCUACAUCACAUUGUUAUUGCCCAUUUGCACUCUAGCUUUAUAUAUUUUUGUUGGCUUAUUUUUUAAUACAGCAUUUUUACAUUACUAAAACAUUUGCAUCAUGGCUGGCAAAUUCACAGCCCCACAGCUUUUGUGAGUUGUAUUUCCUAGCAUCCACAUCCAGGCUGUCUUUCUUUCCAAAAGCUGAGGGGCCAUGACUUUAACAUCCUAAGUUUAUGGGAUCCAUGUACACAACUGAAUAAUAAUGUAAUAAUGUUCUUCCCACUAAGAAAUGUUUCUUUACUGUGAAUCAUUGUGUAAUGUCUAAUAAACUGUCAAUGCAGAA